ACAACUCUUUCUUUCUUUCUCCCCCAAAUCACGACCGACACUCACCUUUCUUUCUCCCCCAAUCUAAAUCCUAAAACUAGCCCUAAACCAACUAUUGCAAGCCUCCAAUCCAUAUACCAGGGAACGAGGAAGACGAUUGCUGUUGUCGGUACUCAGGACUCGGCCAACAUGCUGGUGAUGAUUGGGAAUGGUCUCAACAAGAUGUAUUGUGCAGCUGUAAACAAGCUAUACAUGUUAACUGAAUAGUAAGGGUUAUCAAAGUCCCCUGACUCCUGUGUUCUAUCAAGAUUGCAGAAGUAGCGUGUGCACAUAGGAUUCCAGUCAAAUCCCGUUCCCUACAAGUGAACACAUUUUUUUCAAGUCAACAACCCAUGAAUUAGAUCCUGAAGUGACUUCCCACAACCUAUCAGUAGCAGACGGUCAUUCCUCCAGUUUCCCAAACCCGUGGAUUUCCUUUGGUCUCUCAUUCUUGCAUCCAGGCGAAGCAAAAGAAUAAACCAAGAAAGAGCCUCGUGCACCGCCUUCCCCACACACUGUAUUUUUACAUACACCUGGUUUGUGUCUACAUCCGUGCAGGACAAUUAUUCAUGGGUGGGAAAAGUCGGAAAAAGUUGAAUAAAUCGAAUAGCCGUCGCCCGAAUUCCGGCAACCGCGCCCUUUUUGUUGAAGGUGGAUUGUUGUCUGAUUGGUCUGCCUUCAGUUCUCCUCCGUCCAGAGGGAGGAAACACAAUAAUGGAGGAAGUAGGGAUUCAAGAUCUGGGGCUGGAAAAGGGACCAAUUAUGAUUCGAAGUCCGGGUCAGUUUCGGGUCAGAGAAGCGAUACUUACAAGAGUAGAGGGAAUGCAAUUUGUUACCUGUAUCCCCAGGAAAAUGCACCAAUAGAUGAAGGUGAAAAUUGUGAGAACAAUUUGGUUGUUUCAGAACCUGUAGUCUUGGUUGAUUCAGAGAAGACUCCAAUGGUUGCCUAUAUAGAUGAAGAGCCUUGCAAUGAAUCUCGAAAUGUGGAAUAUAUAUAUGACUACACUACAAGCUUGAUGCUGGAUGAGAGCUCGCAUAGAGGGUUGGGGUUCUAUGAUGAAGUGGAAGCAAGUCCUGAUGUUAUUGGAUCCUCAUCCAAAAUGGAAGAGAAAGAGAGUGGUUCUGUUGCCUCAUCUUCCUAUGAGGAAGGUGAUAUGGGUUCUGAUGACGAUCUUGUUCACAGUGAAAAUGCUGAAACGGGGGAUGAUCUGGUGGCUGAGAUGUCGGAUCUGGAGGAAAAUCCAGGUUAUCUGAUAAUAGGAGGCACAAAAAUAUAUACUCAUGAUAUCACUGACGAGGAUGACAAUGAUGAUGAUGAUAAAAGCUCGGGCUCUUCUGUCUCAGAAACUUGCUCUGCAACAUCAGAGAGUGAUGGCUUGUCAUAUAGUGGUUCAGACAUUGAUGAUGAGGUUGCUGCAGAUUAUUUUGAGGGAAUUGGUGGCAUUGACAAGAUUGUCAAUGUUGAUCAGCUGCUUGGACAGGUUUCUGAUGUCUCUGGUGAUGACACUGAUUCUGUAGAGAGCUAUGAUGAAACACUGGAGAAGUUGGGUGGCAUUGCCCUUCAGGAGGCAUCAAGGGAGUAUGGAAUGAAAAAUCCUGUAUUUGGAAGAAAAUAUCGUACAAAAUGUAAAAAUUCAGUACCUGUUAAGUAUGAUGCAUCAUUUGCUAUAGAUGACCUAAUGCUUGUUAAGGAUCCAAGAACUGUUUCUGGGAAGAAGAAACAUGUUGCUAGACUUCCACAGUCUUGGCCUGCUGAGGCUCGCAAAAGCAAAAAGUUUAGGAAAAUACCAGGAGAAAAAAAGAAACAUCGUAAAGAAAUGAUUGCUGCAAAACGUCGGGAUAGGAUGAUUCGCCGUGGUGUAGAUCUUCAGAAGAUAAAUUUGAAAUUGCAGCAGAUAGUUCUUGAUGGUGUAGAUAUGUUCUCAUUCCAGCCCAUGCACCCACGUGAUUGUUCUCAGGUGCGUAGAUUAGCUGCCAUUUAUCGCUUGCAAAGUGGGUGUCAAGGGUCUGGUAAGAAGAGAUUUGUGAUGGUGUCCCGAACACAACAUACAUCUAUGCCGUCAUCAACCGAUAAAGUUCGCCUGGAGAAGCUGAUAGGAGACAACGAAGAUGGUGAUUUCUCAGUUGAUGGAAAGCCUCUGAAAGUGGAUACAUAUACUGCAAAGAACACAGCCAGAGUCGGCACUUACACCCCAAUAGGUGCACAAUCUUCCAGGAAACAAUCGACUAAAAACUUGGCAACCUACCCUGCUAGCAAGGAAUCAAAAAAGAAGAAAAGUGGGAAAAUUGGUUCUUAUGCUGCUCAACCCCUAUCCUUUGUGUCGAGUGGUAUAAUGGAUACUGAAACCAUCGAGCUCAGAACCACUGAAUCAAAUGAGACGAAGGACACCUGCCACGAGAGCAAACUCGUAUCUCACUCAAUAGAAUAUAAGGCAUUCGAGAUACACACAACUGGCUUUGGCUCAAAAAUGAUGGCUAAGAUGGGUUAUAUAGAAGGUACAGGCUUGGGAAAGGACGGUCAAGGUAUGGCACAACCCAUCGAAGUUUCCCAGAGGCCUAAAUCGCUUGGAUUGGGUGCAGAGGUUCCUGAAGCAAGUGGUAAAUCAUCAAUCACACAAUCUCGACCCAACUCAACUGGACGUAGUGCCAAGUCUUCUGGCACCAAUGUUAAAUCAGCAAAAUCUGACAAUCAUAAAUUUGGUUCUUUUGAGAAGCAUACAAAGGGGUUUGGGUCAAAGAUGAUGGCAAAAAUGGGAUUUGUAGAAGGCAUGGGACUGGGCAAGGACUCUCAGGGCAUCGUCAACCCUUUACUUGCGGUGCGACGUCCAAAAUCAAUGGGAUUGGGAGCUACAAGCUGAAUGUUAUAACUGUAUCAUAUUCCAUGCAGGGGAAGCCUCUUCCCCCUCCCCCCCCACCCAUCUAAUCUUAUCUUUAGCUGUUAGCUGACAUCUAAAUGCGACAUGUACGUUAUGAUAAUAAGAGCAUGAUCCAGAGUUGGAUGCAUGUAGUUAGUAGCUUUCUAUUUUUCGUGCUCUGCUCAUCGAUGAGGCAGUAAGGAAACGAUCCUUAGAUCUUCCAACCUUUUUGUUGAUCGUUGUGUUGACUUCUUGGUUGCCUCUUGCAGCGUUAUCGAGCUUUAGACAUCUACAGCAAUUUGCUGGUAUUGUCCCCCGAGUUAUAUGAAUGCGGCAUUAAGGGCCUUGAUACC